AUGUCAGAUCUCGAAGAAAAAGUGAACCGAGGCGACAUUCUGGUUGACGAAGUUGACGUCAUUGACGCAAUCGAAAAGGGACGUCUUAGUGAAAAGGAUGGCGCCCGAUUUAGUGCUGUCCUCGAAGUGUACUCGAAACUUCGCGGAAGUAUGGAUUCAUCUUUUAUAAAAAGCGGUCAGUUCAUCCGCAACGCCUGA